CCCGGUAGUGCCACACAAAACAACUUGGUUUACAUGCUAGUAAGUGGCAGUUAGAAGUUCUAAAGUAUGUUUUACUUGUAUUAAUUUGCAGUGGGAUUUAGUUAGAUUUGUACUUAUCUGAUAUCAGAUAUUAAAUAGUGUAAAUGAAACAUAGGCAUUUCUGGUGAAUUUGUCUGAGGCGUGUGAAGGCAGUAACAAUGCCAAAGUACUUUGAAGAUAAAGAAGAAGACCCAUCACCUUGCGCUGGUGUGAAAGAGGAUUUGAAGACGUGCUUGGUUGAAACUGACUGUGUACUAAAGGAUGGGAAGAGUCCCAGACAGUGCCUAAAAGAAGGCCACUGCAGAGCUUUGCAAGUCACUUUUUUUGAAUGCAAACGUUCACUGUUGGAUACCAGAUCAAGAUUCAGAGGGAGAAAAGGAUACUGAAGACUCAGAAGGCUUUAAUAUGAGAUGUGUGUACAGCAGAUGAGCUAACAACAUACAAAUCAUUGUCUUCAGAAAGAAAACAAAACACUUGCUUUUUGUGUCAUACAGAGAAACAAACAAUCUGAAGCAAAUCAGUUACACCUUUGGAAGAUUAAAGAUCAGCUAUCAAUAUCCUAUACACUGAUAUUUGCUUUCCGUGGUCUGGAAUAUGUUAUAAAGAAACUUUGAUUUGA